AUGGAGCAAGUGGACAGAUAUUAUUUCAUUCUGUCGUCCUUUCAGCGACUGAGCCUCUUCUCUAGUCCUGUACAUCCUUUCCAACCCCCAACCCAAAUGGAUGAUGAAUCACUCCAGAAGGCGGUCCACAGUGCUUGGCCACAGUUGGUGGAUUUCCUCAGUCAUACUCCUGAGUGGGUCCUGCAGAAAGCCAAGCAGCUUCUCCCACAGGUGGACUUGAACCAAGUUGAAGGGAUUGCUGACUGCAGAGAGAAAAUCACCUUAGUCCUGGACAUGUUUCUGAGAAGCGCUGGUGUCAAUUCGUCUGUCUUCAAGUGCUUUAUGCAAAGCGUUUGCAUGGAAUGCAACCUGCCCAUGGAACUUGAGAUCGUGUUCAUGAGUGCUUCAGGAGAAGGUAAGAACAAGGAGCACCAAGUGAUAUCCACUUUCUUAUGCAGCUGCUGUUGGGCCCCACCAGGGCUUUCAAGGCAAGUGAGAAGCAGAGGUAGUUUGCCAUGUAACGGCAAGCAGUCCAAACAACAACGGCUAGAUUCUGCUGAAAGGUACCAGCAAUGUAUCAUCUCAGCAAUGCAGCAAAGAUAUGGAGCAAAUAGAUCAGCAGAGGCAGCAGAAAGUGAAAUUCGGCAAUCGGCUUUUAACCAAACUUUCGUCAACCUGGUUAUUCGGCAGAGCAAAGCUUGGAAAAUAAAGCGUAAAGCCAAGGAAGAGGUUAUCACCGUUCAUGACGUAGAUGAGCACAGUGACGCCACCAUGAGACUGUCUGAUCUUUUUGAAAGUGUGCCCUCUGGUGCCACCAAGGUUAUCCUCUUGUUGGGCAAACCGGGCAUGGGGAAAACGAGACUUGUGAACAAAAUCUGCCAGCAGUGGGCUGAGGGAACCCUGCAGCAGUACAAACUGAUAUUUCUCUUCGAGUUUAGGCAGCUGAAUCUGAUCAGCAGAAGGCUUUCUUUGCAAGAACUCUUAUUUGACUUCUUCCUUCAUCCAGAAGACGGUUCAGAUGCAGUAUUUGAGCACCUCCUAGAAGACGCCCAGCAUGCCCUGAUGAUCUUUGAUGGGCUGGAUGAGUUUAUGGGGGACAUCAACCUGCCGUCCUCUCCAAACUUACUGGGCCCUGAUUCUCUCAUUUCUCUCUCUGUCUCGGAACUCUUUGCCAGUCUUUGCCAUGGAAAUCUGUUACCUGGCUGCACCGUGCUUGUUACAACCAGGCCGAAGAUGCUUCCUAACACAUUGCUGAGAACUAUCACACUCCUAGCAGAAAUCUGGGGGUUUGACCAUGAGAAGGUUGAGGAGUAUGCCAGCUCUUUUUUCCAAAGCAGUGCUCUGAAGGACCGAGCCAUCACUUGCCUGAAAAGCGACGGCAAGCUUCUAAGUAUGUGUUACAUCCCUGCCUUAUGCAACGUUGUCUGUAUCUGUCUGGAAUAUUUGCUCCUUCAAGAUGUAGGAAGUGUCCAGCUGCCUCAAACCAUGACCCAGUUUUACAUCAAAAUGGUGCUCAUCUUCGUAUGCAAGUUACAGAAACUGAGUGCGGCAAGUGAGGACAUUGAUUUGAGUCCACAUCAAGCGACUCUUUCAGGUCUGUGUGAGCUAGCCUUCAAGGGCCUGGAAGAGAAGAGAAUGCUGUUUUACGCUGGUGAAAUCCCACAGCAUGUGAGGGACUUUGCUUCUUUAUGUGGGUUGAUUUUGGCCUUUGAGGUAAAGGCAAGCAAUGAUAGUUUGCAAGUUGGAUACACUUUUGUCCACUUCAGUUUUCAAGAGUUCUUUGCAGCCCUUUUUUUGUUGACAAGCAAAACUGUAGAUGACAACUGCCUGAGGGAGAAGUUCUUCUUGAGGAAGUGGAUUUUGAAGAAGGAAGCUAAGGUGACCUUCACCGAGAGCUGCCACAUCUUCCUGUCAGGCCUUUCAUCCCAAGGAUGUCGGCCAUUUCUCAGCUCCUUAGCCAGGCAAAAUGAAAGUUGGGUACAGAGGCGGCAAGCCAUAAUCACACAGAUGCUGAGGAAACUGGCAACAGUCAGUCUGACUGGACCUAAGGUGGUUGAGCUGUGCCACUGUGUAUAUGAGACACAAGAUCUUGACUUAGCACAGCAUGUUGGGACACUGUUAAACUUCAACUAUCAGUUCAGAAAUUUCAGGCUGAUGCCACUGGACAUGACAAGUCUGGCUUUUGUUAUCAGCAGCAGCCCUAAUUUGGUGAGCUUAGGUUUUGUCGGAUGUCCAAUGGAACUUGAGUAUUUGGAUGUCUUAGCCAGUUGUGAAAAUAUAAAGAGCCUGAGUUUUCAGAGCAGGAAGUAUGGAGACGAAUUUGCUGCUGUCCUGUCCAAAAGCCUACCAAAGAUCAAAGCUCUGACAGUUUUCCAAUUGGCAGGUGGAAAUAUCACGGUCUCUGGUCUUGAAGAUCUUCUAAGAGCCUUUGCAAACUGCCAUCAACUUGAAGACAUAAACUUGCAGGACAACAGGAUGAAGGAACCAGAAAUGGCCAAGAUUAUAGAAAUAUUUUCCACAGUGGAAAAGCUAAAGAAAAUAGAUUUAAGCCACAACGAAAUUUCGGCGAACACUGUCCUAAUUUUCUGCAGAGCCGCUGUAGUUUCUCCCAAUGUUACGGUGCUGCAUAUCAGGGAGAACACUUUAACAGUUACGUUUACGGGUCGACCCAUAACAAGUGGCAGGUCACAAUGCUUGGGAAUAAAAGAGGAGGAAACUGUUCCUCAGGCCCAGAAUUUAAGAUUACGACUUCAAGAUUGCCAACUGUAUCCACAACAUGCAGAACCGAUUGCCAGCAUUCUCAGAAAAUGUUCCCACCUGUCUGAAAUUGAUUUGUCAGAUAACAAUCUUGGAGAUGAAGGAUGCAGAAAGCUUGUGAAGAUGCUGUCCAAAAUGUCCAUCUCUGGCACCCUGAACUUAAAUAACAAUCAGUUGUCUCUGGAGAGCAUUUUCUGUCUCCUACAAGCAAUGAGAAUGUGUCCAAAUAUCAAGAAGCUUGAAGCCAGCCUUUAUCAGAAAACUGCAAUCUUGACGCUGACUAACAAAGCGGUCACCGUUACCUCUUGUUCCAGCUUGACGGGCAACAGUUUUCAGGGUGAAGAUUUGAAGAACCUGUGCUUGGCUCUGAGAAGGUGCAGCAGUUUAAGUGAGCUGGAGUAA